UACUUCUACUACUUUGCAGGCAGUGUAAGAAUAUUGAUGCUUCCCAAAUAACGCAUUUUAAAUAUUCGGAGGCUGUUGGAGGUGCUGCUCACUGGUUGAGUGCUGGUAUUGUCGUUUUGGCUGAGAACAAUCUACACUUCGGCCUGCUCACAUUGACAAACAGACAACUGCGCUGUACCGACGCCAUGGAUCGUUCUCCCAGCACUAGUCAGCUGAUGGCCAGCAAUGUCACAAAUAAGACAGACCCACGGUCCCUGAAUUCAAGAGUCUUCAUCGGGAACUUGAACACUAUGCUGGUUACCAAGGCAGAUGUUGAAGCCAUUUUUAGCAAAUACGGCAAGAUUGUUGGCUGCUCUGUGCACAAGGGCUACGCCUUCGUCCAGUUCGCCAACGAGAGGAACGCACGAGCGGCUGUAGCAGGAGAGGACGGCCGGAUGUUUGUUGGACAAGUGCUUGAUAUUAAUUUGGCAGGAGAGCCCAAACCUCACAGGUCAAAUACAACAAAGCGAUCGGCCGGAGAUAUGUACAGCAGUAGUUCUACUUUCGAGCUUGAUUAUGAUUUCCAGAGAGAUUACUAUGACAGAAUGUAUUCAUACCCUUCCCGUGUGCCCGCUCCACCACCACCACCACCUCUCUCACGGGCUGUGAUCCCUUCCAAACGUCCGCGGGUCAGUGUGAGUGGGGGAACCAGCCGCCGCGCCAAGUCCAGCUUUUCCACUUCAUCCAAGAGCAGCCAACGGAUGUCUUCUCGAACCUUGAAAGCAGAUGACCUUCAAACUAUUAAGAGAGAGCUUGCUCAAAUCAAACACAAGGUUGACUAUCUUCUGCAGAAUCUGGACAGGAUGGAGAAAAACCACAACAAGAAAUCUGUCUGGCUCACUCCAUGA